CAUCGAGAGGCGGCACCUGAGAGAAUUAAACUUCAGGAUGAGUCAGAGUCACUGAUUACGAUGGAAAAACUACACAGAGGCUCGUUUACUCACAUUUCUGAAUCACAACCUGUAGAAAUACAAAACAACCACAGCAAACUGCACCUACAGCUGGAAUCACUCUGAACUUUGACCCCAGAAUGGCAGAGGAGAUCAAACUCCACUUUGAGAUGGAAGACGGGAACAACUUGUCUUCUUGUUAUUCGAGACUUACUGAGGUCCAGAAGAUGGAAGAUUUGGACCUAAAGAAGGAGAAAGCAGAACCUCCAGGAUCCGUCUGUCCCUCUAUGAGGAGUGACCGGUCCAGAGAUAAACCUCCAGCCUUUAGUACUGAACCAGAACCAUCAGACAGGAAAGAUCAGAACCUCAGACUGAGAGCAGAACCUCCAGGAUCCGUCUGUCCCUCUAUGAGGAGUGACCGAUCAAGACUAGAUCCUCCAGUCUUCAGUACUGAACCAGAACCAUCAGACUCAGAAGGGAGGAAGAGGAGCAGCGUUGGUGAGGAGGAGCAGCCGUCCUGCUGUGCUUUGUGUCAGAAGGUUCUGAUGGAUCCGGUCUCUACCAGCUGUGGUCACUGGUUCUGCAGACAGUGCAUCAGGUUCUACUGGGACCAGUCUGGACCCUCCUCCUUCCCCCAGUGUGGAGAAAGACCCAGAACAGGAGCUGGACUGCUGACAGCCAAUCAGAGCAGCUGUGCUGCAGCAGAUGUUGUUCUGCAGCAGGUUCUAAAGGAACAUAAGAUCAGUCUGAGGAGGAGAUGUGAAUGUGUGACUGAAGAAAGUGAUGAACCAGAAAGUAGAACCCUCCUCAACAGGAUCUACACUGAUCUCUAUAUCACAGAGGGAUGGAGUGAAGAGGUUAACACCCAACAUGAGGUGAAGCAGCUGGAGAGAGUUUCCAAGAUCCAGAAGCUCCAUGACUGUCCAAUCAGUUGCCAUGACAUCUUUAAAUCCUUCCCUGACCAACAUGGAGCCAUCAGAGUGGUUCUGACCAACGGCGUCGCUGGUGUUGGAAAAACUUUCUCAGUGCAGAAGUUCACUCUGGACUGGGCAGAGGGCUUGGAGAACCAAGAUGUCAGUGUGGUGGUUCUGCUUUCAUUCAGGGAACUGAACUUGAUCAGAGAUGAGCAGCACAGUCUUCUCACGCUGCUCCAUGUUUUCCAUCCAACACUCCAGAAGCUCCCAGCAGAGCAGCUGGCUGUCUGCAAACUUCUCUUCAUCUUUGAUGGCUUGGAUGAAAGCAGACUUUCACUGGACUUCAACAACAGUCCGCUGGUUUCUGACGUCACACAGAAGUCAUCAGUCAAUGUUCUGCUGACAAACCUCAUCAAGGGGAACCUGCUUCCCUCGGCUCUCAUCUGGAUAACUUCCAGACCUGCAGCAGCCAGUCAGAUCCCUCCUUCAUUUGUUGCCAGGGCAACAGAAGUACGAGGCUUCACCGACUCCCAGAAGGAGGAGUAUUUCAGGAAGAGGUUCAGUGAUGAAGAGCUGUCCAGCAGAACCAUCUCCCACAUCAAGACCUCCAGGAGCCUCCACAUCAUGUGUGGAAUCCCAGUCUUCUGCUGGAUCACUGCUACAGUUCUGGAAAACACGUUAACCUCGGAGCAGAGAGGAGAGCUGCCAAAAACCAUGACUGACAUGUACUCACACUUCCUGCUGGUCCAGACAAAGAGGAAGAAAAACAAGUUCCAAGGAGGAUGUGAUACAUGUGACAGCAAAGUUCUUCUGAAGCUGGGGAGGCUGGCGCUUGAACAUCUGGAGAAAGGAAACAUCAUGUUCUACCAAGAAGACCUGGAGCAGGGUGGUCUGGAUGUCACAGAGGCCUCAGUGUACUCAGGAGUUUGUACAGAGAUCUUCAAAAGAGAGAGUGUGAUCUUUCAGAAACCAGUCUACUGCUUUGUUCACCUGAGCAUUCAGGAGUUUCUGGCUGCAGUCUACAUGUUCCACUGUUUCACCACAAGUAAUACAGAGGUAGUGGAGAAGUUCCUGGGGAAAAAUUUCAGUGAAACAUCUCUGGAGGGCAUCAUGAAAAAAGUUCUAGAGAAGUCAUUCUCCAGUAAAAAUGGCCACCUGGACCUGUUUGUUCGCUUCCUUCAUGGCCUCACUCUGGAGUCCAACCAGAGACUUUUAGAAAGCCUUCUGGGUCAAACAGAGAACAGUUCAGGAACCAUCCAGAGAAUCAUCAACAAUCUGAAGGAGAUGAACACUAAUAGGAUCUCUCCUGCCAGAAGCAUCAACAUCUUCCACUGCCUGGUGGAGAUGAACGACCUCUCAGUUUUUCAGGAGAUUCAACAUUUCCUUAAAUCAGGGAAUGAACUGGCAGAGAUCCAGUGUUCAGCUCUGGCCUUCAUGCUGCAGAUGUCAGAGGUUCUGGAUGAGUUGGACCUGGAGAAGUAUAAUACAUCAGAAUCGGGACGAGUGAGGCUGGUUCCAGCUGUGAGGAACUGCAGAAAGGCUCGACUUGGUGGCUGUAAACUCAGAGAGGCUGAAUGUGAAGUUGUGGCUUCAGCUCUGAAGUCCAACCAGCAUCUGACUGAACUGGAAAUAAGUCAGAUCUACAUAGAUAGGCCCAGAACCAACUCUGGACUGAAUCAUGUGUUUGAGAUCCUGGAGAGUUCAGUCAGUAAAGUGAAGAGUCUGAGAUUGUUGCGCUGCAGAUUGUCAGAAGUCAGCUGUUCUUCUCUGGUCUCAGCUUUGAAGUCCAACCCCUCCCAUCUGACUGAACUUGACCAGAGAGGAAACAACCUGGAAGAUUCUGGAGUGAAGGAGCUCUGUGGUUUUCUACAGAAUCCUGAAUGCAGAAUACAACAAUUAAUACUGAGGAAAUGCAGGUUGUCAGAGAUCAGCUGUUCUUCUCUGGUCUCAGCUUUGAAGUCCAACCCCUCUCAUCUGAUUCAUUUGGACCUGAGACAAAACGACCUGAAAGAUUCUGGAGUGAAGGAGCUCUGUGGUUUCCUACAGAAUCCUGAAUGCAGAAUACAACGAUUAAUAUUGGAGAACUGCAGUUUGUCAGAGAUCAGCUGUUCUUCUCUGGUCUCAGCUCUGAAGUCCAACCCCUCCCAUCUGAUUAAUUUGGACCUGAGACAAAACAACCUGAAAGAUUCUGGAGUGAAGGAGCUCUGUGGUUUUCUACAGAAUCCUGAAUGCAGAAUAGAACAACUAAUAUUGGAGAAAUGCAGUUUGUCAGAGAUCAGCUGUUCUUCUCUGGCCUCAGCUCUGAAGUCCAACCCCUCUCAUCUGACUGAACUGGAGCUGAGAGGAAAUGACUUGAAAGAUUCUGGAGUGAAGGAGCUCUGUGGUUUCCUACAGAAUCCUGAAUGCAGAAUACAACGAUUAAUAUUGAUGAGCUGCAGUUUGUCAGAGAUCAGCUGUUCUUCUCUGGUCUCAGCUCUGAAGUCCAACCAACAUCUGACUGAACUGGACCUGAGAGGAAACAAACUGAAAGACUCUGGAGUGAAGGAGCUCUGUGGUUUUCUACAGAAUCCUGAAUGCAGAAUACAACGAUUAGAAUUGAGGAGCUGCAGUUUGUCAGAGAUCAGCUGUUCUUCUCUGGCCUCAGCUCUGAAGUCCAACCCCUCUCAUCUGACUGAACUGGAGCUGAGCUGGAACGACCUGAAAGAUUCUGGAGUGAAGGAGCUCUGUGGUUUUCUCCAGAAUCCUAAAUGCAGAAUACAACAAUUAAUAUUGAGAGGCUGCAGGUUGUCAGAGAUCAGCUGUUCUUCUCUGGUCUCAGCUCUGAAGUCCAACCAACAUCUGACUGAACUGGACCUGAGAGGAAACGACCUGAAGGAUUCAGAUGUUCAGCAGCUGAAGCUUUUUGUAAAAGAUGUUCAGUGGAUCUGAUGAUCUCUGUAAAGAAGAGAAUCAUCUCUGGUUCCUGAUGAUCCUCAGAGGUUGAAGCUGCAGCAGUUUGAGUCUAAAGAGACUCUGACUGGAUCAUGAUGACCUUUGACCUGAAUGAUUUCCUUCCUAUUUAUUUCCUCCUGUCUGUCGUUUUGGAUCUGAUAUUGUUUUUCUCUUUGGAUCGAUGAAGAUGAAAUCGUAACUCAGCUCCAUUUAGAGGCUUCAUGGAGUUUUGAUUUGAACUUGAUUCAGUUUUUAAAGUUGAUUCUUUUUCUCUGAUUCAUUUUCAUUCUGAAAGCAGAAAUAUGAAACAUAUUUCACUUCAGCCGUUUCCAGGCUGCAUGUUUUCUUCAUUUGAAUUCAGUUUCUGAUGUUUGUGCAGCUCUGGUCUUUCCAUCUGCUGCUGUAAACGAUGAAACUUUUACUGAUGAUGUGAAAUAAAUAUUUUUAUUUCCUGGUA